UGGACUACCCUGUUUUUGAGAACUAAUUUCCACACCAAAUCCUUAAAUUUUCCCAAUUUCUUAUUAUACGGUUAUGUUUAAGCAUGUUAUUAUUAUUUAUUUUAUAUUUUGCUUAUGUUUUAAAGUUUAAUGUAAAAGAUAUAUAUAGAAAUCCCAUCAAAUUAUUAUUUUUUUUUUUUUAAAUAAAAAUCGGAAUGAUCUUGUAAGCUUCACAAUUUUCGAAAAGGGGGUAAUUCAAAGCUUAUUAUCUCCCUUGUAUACCUAGAAAGUGGCCAUGAAAUUUUUACACAUUGUAAAGGACAUCCUGAUGUUGCUUCAUGAAAAAAGAACAAAGAUUCAUUGACGAGUUAUUUUUGGCCACAUCGUCCCGAAUGUCCUUAAAACUGCUAUGAAAUAAACAUUAUAUUCAUUGUAAACAAAUUGAAUAUUCAAAUUACAAAUUGCACGCUAGUCGUGUAUUGUUGGCAACCAAAAAUUGAAACACGAAUAUCUAUUGAAGCAACCAAAUAACAAAAUGGUGGCGCUUAUCUUGAUCACGCAAAUUUUAGUGAACGUAUGUAGAGAUGAUUUCUUUUUAUUUUGCUGAUUUUGACUUUUUUCCUUUUACAUACGUGUUACCUUUAGAGCCUCGCUUCGCGGACGGGCCUAAUUUCCCAUUUAGUCAGCAACUGUAUCCCGGCUGUCAUCGCCAUGUUCACAAAAUGUUGAUUCCAAUUAAUAUAACGUACAUACUUAUAUACAACCUGCUGUAGCGAUAUAGUACCGACUGCUUACCGAGGAUAUCCUUAUAAACAAUCAAAUGUUUUCAUAUUUUGAAAUAUACAUUUCCGGUUGUACUUGUUUUGUUUUUAUUUCUGCACAAUAAUUUUACUUCAUUAGAUAAUUCACAUCGAAAAUCCGGAAACAAAUCACGUUUUCAAGUUGUUUGACUAUUACAUGUACUUAUUGUAAUUUUCCUGAUCGCAUUAUGUAUAAACUAUCACUAAGUGAUGCAUAUCAUAUCUUAAUGAUAAGUUAGGAAUAAAUGUCAUAACAUUAUUUGCUAAGGUAAAUAGGAAUAUGCACAUACUGCUCAUCAAUUUCCUAUUUUGUUUGGAUUUCGGAACAGGGGUGCUUGGAAAAUGGUGCAAAGAAAAUCAAAAUCACAUUUGCUGUUCAAAUUACUUUCUCAACCUUACAACCAAUCAGUGUCAAAUAUGUCCAGACGGAUCUUUUGAUGUGAACUGUUCUAAGACGUGUUACCCUGGAUUAUACGGACAGCAAUGUAGCUAUGCUUGUCCAUCGGAAUGUCAGACCACAUGUGAUCGUGUCACGGGAGACUGUACAGGCGCUUCUCUAGAAACAUCAACGUCUUUACAUCAACAAAAUAUGACAACAGAAAAUAUGAUACAAGCCGACGAAGAAACAGUAUCAUCUUUAUCUGAAUUGAAUUUAUCAUCAUCAGACAAUUUUACAAGGUCAGCUGAUGUUGAAAAUUCCAGAAAACAGAUGUCGAAAUUGAAUACAAUUAUCUUCAUCAUGGUCGGUGGAGGGUUGGUAGUUAUUGUUUUACUGAUCAUACUGACUGUCAACGUUGUCAUAUUCUGCAAACAACAUACGAAAUCAAACUACAACGAUGGCAGAACAGAACAAAAACCAGUUGAGCCCCAUUAUCAAACUAUAGAGGAAUCUAAUAUGGUUCUAGGUGUUUCAGUGUUGACCUCGGAGGAUAAUUGAGACAUGUUCUGUAUCAAUGGAAAACGUCUGUCUUAUAUGUUUUCUUAUGCAUUUGGAUUUUCCAACUAAUACUUUUCAUACGACAUUUGGUACCCUGCAGCUGAUCAUACACCAAAUAUCUGAAGAUUCAGACAUUAAACGAUAUAUUGUUUUACACAAAGAUGUUGUAUUCACUACUGAACGGAAAAUGUACUGAUAAAGUCAUGUUUUGCUGAUAUUUGCUGAUACUUACUGUUAUCGUGCUGUUGGUGCCAAUAAGUUCUGAUAAUUACUGAUAUUUUAUUGGUGGUACUAAUCAUUUCUGUUGGUGCUGAAAAUUACUUUAUAUUUACUGUGGUCGAUACUGUGGGUUUUGAUAUUCACUGACAAAUGCUGCAGUACUGGCGGUACUGCGAAGUGUUGAUAAAUAAUGUGGUUAUCGCUGGCCUUGCAGGAGGUGUGGAAAUGUACCGCAGGCUAAAUACACAUGAUGAAGGUGGUGCUUUUAAAUUUUUUUUUAAAAUCCCGGAUAUGUAAACAGUUUUUUCAGCUUAUUGAGACGAUUGCAACGAUACCAAACACAAUAUAUGUUGAUGUUCAUUUUAAUCGCCGUCUUUAAUUUCUUCAAUAUUCUUAACUUCACUGUUUGAUAAUAGUAAUAAUAAUGAGAAAUAAGGUAAUUCAUGUUUUGAAUGUGAAUUAGUAUACAGUAUAUAAACACCAUUCUACAUUAAUAUAUAUAUAUUCAAUAAUUACAGAUGUGCUCUCUCUAUCUCCCUGAUCUCGCUCUCCGACCAAGCCUACUAAAUGAGGACGUCCUCACAAUACAUAGAGGAGAAUAUACACAUAUAUUAUAUAUUAUUCUAAAGGUAAAAAGUACUAUAUUAGCUAUAGCUAUAGGGGUACCUAUAACAGUUUAUUUAAUACUCUCUUUCGAAUUAUGAAAAAGGGGGUUUUGAGAGAGAAUAUUAGUAAGGACAUGUCCUCACACCACUUGUCCUCACUAAGCUAAUAUUUUCGUAUCUACAUCUUUCACAUGUUGUAGGUCACAUUUAUGAGAAAGUAAUUGUGAGGUCAUUUUUGAUGUCCUCUUGGUGCAAUUCUGUCCUCACAACUGCUGUCCAAUGGUUGAAACUUGUCCUCAUUUUACACGUUUUACUGGUCUCUCUCUCUCUCUCUCUCUCUCUCUCUCUCUCUCUCUCUCUCUCUCAUGCGAUGUUAUAGAUCAAACUUAAAAACUAUGUAGACCUAUAUUUAUUUUUAAAAUUCAGGAGUUGGUCUGCUGUCCUUCCAAACAGGUAUAUCAAAUAAAUAUCCGACUCUCAUAGUAUGUAUUAUGCCCCACCUCAGUUUUGUGCUAAUGAACAUAUAUAUAUGCAUGUAUUAUUUAUAUAUCUGUACCCUUGAAAACAUUGUUUAUAUACUUACAGAAUUUUUAUGUAGCUAAUUUAACAUUGUGAAUGGUUUAUGCGAAUAAAUAAAAUGGAGCA